UUACUCUCCCNAGCUAGGCCGCUUGAAGGAUUAAAAAUUAUCGAUGUAGGAUGUGGUGGUGGCAUUCUUUCAGAGCCGCUAGCUCGGUUGGGAGCUGCUGUUACAGGCAUUGAUGCUGUGGAAAAGAACAUUAAGAUUGCUCACAUUCAUGCUGCAUCAGAUCCCCUGACUGCAUCUAUUGAAUAUUGUUGCACUACAGCUGAGGAUUUAGUCAGACUGAAUAAGCAAUUUGAUGCAACAAUUGCUCUUGAGGUGAUUGAGCAUGUUGCAGACCCCUCAGAUUUUUGCAGGUCACUUGGAGCCUUAACAGCUCCUGGUGGUGCCACUGUGAUCUCUACCAUCAAUCGCACAUUGCGAGCAUAUGCUACUGCCAUAGUUACUGCCGAGCACAUUCUUAAUUGGCUCCCAAAGGGAACGCACGAGUGGUCCAAAUUUCUCACUCCAGAGGAAUUAGUCAUGAUAUUGCGGAGAGCUUCAUUCUCUGUAGAGGAAAUGGCGGGGUUCUUUUACAACCCAUUGACCGGAGAAUGGUCUCUCUCCGACGACAUCAGCGUCAAUUACAUUGCUUUCGGCGUCAAGCAGGCCUCCUAGCCUUUUUCUCAAUUCGUGCUCCCUUCUUGAAUUUUGGCCCGUGUUUUUUCUAGUUUUUAUUUUUUGUUUCGGUUUUGUUUUAAAUAGGCUUUAUGGUUAAUAUUGGCUAUUUUAUUGGAGCCAAUUUGUCUUUGUAAUCCUUCAAUUUUUACACUGUUCAAACCCAGAAAAUGUUGAAUACGAUUGGCCAUGGAAUGGCCACGACCA